AUGGCUGACGCAACAGAAGCCAAUCUCCAUUUGGACGAUGUGACGGGAGAGAUGGUUAGCAAGUCAGAAUUAAAGAAACGCAAAAAGCAACGUGAGCGAGAUGCCGAAAAAGCAGCAAAAGCAGCUGCAGCACCACCAAAGCCACAAGCAGCAGCAGGUGCAUCUUCUUCCGGUUUAAACGAAGAUGAUAUCUCACCAAAUCAAUACUUUGAAUUACGUUCUCGUGCAAUUCAAAAAUUACGUGAAACCCGUGAUCCUGAUCCAUACCCUCACAAAUUUCACGUCACUCUCAGUCUGACUGACUUUAUCGAAAAGUAUCAAGAUAAGACCACAAACGGAGAAAAGCUAGCAAACGAAAAGCCAAUCUCUUUGGCAGGUCGUAUUCACAACAUGCGUUCAGCAAGUAGCAAACUUCGAUUCUACGAUUUGUGGGGAGAAGGUGUUCGUGUUCAAAUCACUGCAUCUUUGCAAGAUCAUACCGAUGGUGAUUUCUUGGCCGCACAUAAUUUAUUGCAACGUGGUGAUAUUGUCGGUGUGACGGGUGUUCCUGGUAAGACCAAAACUGGAGAAUUAUCAAUCUUCCCACAAUCCAUUCAACUACUUUCGCCAAACUUGCACAUGUUACCAAAAGCAUCAGCAGGUGGUUUCACCGAUCAAGAACAACGUCACCGUAAGAGAUACCUGGAUUUGAUCAUGAACAACAACGUUCGUGAGACAUUUGUUAAGCGUGCAAAGAUUAUCAGUUAUAUCAGAAGAUUUUUGGACAAUCUUGGUUUCUUGGAAGUUGAAACACCAAUGAUGAACAUGAUCGCUGGUGGUGCAACUGCUAAGCCUUUCGUCACCCAUCACAAUGAUUUGAAAAUGGACCUUUUCAUGCGUAUUGCCCCGGAACUUUAUCUCAAGGAAUUGGUCGUUGGUGGUCUAGACCGUGUCUAUGAAAUCGGACGUGUGUUCCGUAACGAAGGUAUCGAUAUGACCCACAACCCUGAAUUCUCUAUUUGUGAAUUCUAUAUGGCUUAUGCUGAUAUGUACGACCUUAUGGAUAUCACCGAAAGCAUGAUCAGCGGAUUGGUCAAGGCUGUCACAGGUGGCUACAAGAUCAAAUAUCACCCUGAUGGUAAGGAUGUCGAAGGUGGACGUGAAUAUGAGAUCGACUUUAGCACUCCAUGGAAGCGAUUUGACAUGAUGAAGGAGUUGGAGGCCAAAUUGGGAGCUAAGUUGCCCGCUGCCAACCAAUUACACACUGAAGAAGCACGCAAGGUUCUUUCAGACCUGGCUGCUAAGCAUAAUGUCGAUUGCCCAGAGCCAAGAACGAGUUCCCGUUUGAUCGAUAAAAUGGUUGGUGAAUUUAUCGAAGUUCAAUGCAUCAACCCAAGCUUCAUCGUUGGUCAUCCUCAAGUUAUGAGUCCUUUGGCUAAACGUCAUCGUGAGAUUGAAGGAUUAUGUGAACGUUUUGAAGUGUUUGUUGCUACAAAGGAAAUUUGCAAUUCGUACACCGAAUUAAACGAUCCAUUCGAUCAACGUGAAAGAUUUGAAGAACAAGCAAAUCAAAAAGCACAAGGAGAUGAUGAAGCACAAGCGAUCGAUCAUGUCUUUUUGGAUGCGAUGGAACAUGGUUUACCACCAACGGGUGGAUGGGGAUUGGGUAUUGAUCGUUUGGUGAUGUUCUUGACAGAUUCAAACACUAUCAAAGAAGUUUUGGCUUUCCCUGCCAAUAAGCCAUUGCCAAGUGAAGUUAAGAAGUAA